UUCGUAUAAGCCGGUCUGCUUAAUAAUCAAGCGCGCGCGAUCUAUAAGCCAUACCUCCCGGCACCCGCUGUGGGCCGUUUACUCAUCGGCCGUGUCUGCGAGGAGGGCAGUUCGGCGUGUGCUGCACGCGCCCCGGCCAUGCCAACAGUCCCCAGUCAUGCACCCGCCUUUCGUUCGUCGGCCGUGCUUGCGUGCUGGGCAUUCGCCCUGCACGUUCGCGAUUGUCGUGCGUGUUGUGCUGGUACGCGCCCUGUGGCUUCCACCCUCGCCCACCUUCUCGCUCACUCACUCGUGCGCGUCGUACUGCACGACACCGCACCCUGUGCUGGCCGUCCCGCCAGCUUACCUUGCCACCAGCUCGCCCGUUCGCCCACCCGACCCUUCGCCCUCUCGCCCGUUCGCCCUCUCGCCCAUUCGCCAGCUCGCCCUCCCGCUUACCCACCCGUCCGUUCGCCCUCCCGCUCACCCUCCCAUUUUCCCGCUUGCGCGCGGGCCUGCGUGUGCGUUCGCUGGCCAUGUCUGCAUGGUGGGCAUUCGCCCAGCGCGCUCGCGGUCGGCCUGUGUUGUCGCCUGCUGUCUCGCCCGCCUGCCUCUGCCUAUUGCUCGCUUGCUCGUCAGCUCAUCCGGCACCCGUGCUUUCAUUUUGUCUCGACGCCGGCUGACGUUCGUGUCGAACAGGCAUUUUCGACCCAUCAAAUGUCUCACCAGAGUGGCCGACAUGAUAUAUCGCGAGCACAUGUUAGUAUGCAUCAGUGUCCGACCGCACUGAUCUUGCUUACCCUAUUCGUGCCCAGACGCCAGAUCGGUAAUUUGCUGGCCGCGUGGCCUCGCAUUCGCAGCCUCGCCUUCCCGUAUGCAGAUCAGAGUCCCCCUGCGAAUCAACAUGAGACCAUUGUCAGCGAGCGGGAUGCGUACGAAGUCAGCAUACAACGUACGUGCCUUGUCGCUAUUCCUCUGCCACUCACGUCCACCAGUUCUACGCCCCCCUGUGCUUGACAUCAUUGCGGCUCCCCACUGCGCAUCCCAGAGCUUGUCUUCCGUGUGACGAUCAGCGGCGCGGGU